CAGCAAUACAGCACAUAUAUAAAGGCUGUCUCUUUCCACUCUGAAAUACACAGUGAAACUUCCAAGCAUUUAAAAUGGGAAAGAUCUUUUUCUACGAGGAAAGGAACUUCCAAGGCCGCCACUAUGAGUGCAGCUCAGACUGUUCUGACCUGUCCUCAUACUUCAAUCGCUGCAACUCCAUCAGGGUAGAGGGUGGUAACUGGAUCCUCUAUGAGCACCCCAGUUACAGGGGACACCAGUAUUACCUCUGGCAAGGAGAAUACCCAGACUUUCAGAGAUGGAUGGGCUUCAACGACUCCAUCAGGUCCUGUCACUUUAUUCCCAAUUACCAUGGCCAAUACAAAAUGAGAAUCUAUGAAAGAGGAGACUACCAAGGGCAGAUGAUGGAGUUCUUUGAUGACUGCCCCAAUACUUAUGAUCGAUUCCGUUUCCAUGACAUUCACUCCUGCAAUGUGUUUGAUGGCCACUGGAUGUUCUAUGAGGAACCCAACUACAGGGGGCGUCAGUUCUACCUGAGACCUGGAGAAUACAGGAGAUACAGCGACUGGGGAGCCUCAAGUUCCAGAAUUGGUUCAUUCAGAAGGAUUUAUCACAGAUUUUAAAUCAUUUGGAAACAACUAAAUGUUCAAUAAUAAAUAAAUAAUAAUUGAAAACAACUUGUUUAUAGAUUAUAAAUGUUGUGCCAAUUUGGCCUCCUUUACACAAACACAUAUAUACUUGUCUGGAACAAGAAUCUAGAACAAAGCAGAAAAGUUAAUCAUGAAAUUGUAAGAUAGGCUGUCAAAUAUUUCUGGGACCACACUAUCAUGAAAUUGUGGGGGUCAUGCUUUGCCAGUGUGGCAAUAUUAGUGCAGGGAUAGGUGUGUCAGUAGGAGGGGCCUUGCUUCACAUGGGUGUUUUUUUUCUGGUGAUUUUGUGUAGUCAUUACCAUCUGUCCACCUUUUUUGCCUAUUUAUACCAGUCUUUCAACAAUAUAUGAGAUUCCACCACGCCUUAUCAGAACAAGUUGCACCUUUACACUGAUUGGCCAACAGCAAUAAAUAAACCGAUAGCAAGAGAUAGUCACC